ACACCAGCGACUCGGCGGUUCCUAGUUCUCCAUUUAUUGAAAUCUUGGAUUUUCUGCUCACAUUUCUCUCAGCUUCCACUGUAAAAAAUGCAAAAUUAUUCGAGAACUGAUUUCGCUCAAGUCGGCACUACUAAUCGGGGUUGCAUGCGUGUUAUUCCGUCGGAUAAGGAGAAAGAACACGAUUUGAUAGUAGUCGGUGGACAGAACGGAAGCUUAAUCUGUUUAUCGAGAAAAUCGAAUGACACCACGAUAAUAUUCAAAACUCAACCAGGAUACCCUGUUCAAUCGUUGGCUCUCGGUGGCCCGGCAUCGUCGAAAAAAAAGGAUAAAAUCUUUGUCGCAUCACAAAAUACGGUUCGAGGAGUCAAUCGAAAAGGAAAAACAUUUUUUUCGAUGGAAACUAAUAUGGCUGAAGUUGCGAAUCGAAUGUUCGUACGUGGAUUGGAUGUGGUUUUGACUGGACGAAAAAGUUACAGUAGAUAUCAUGACACGGUGGAUUCGAAUAGUUAUCUUUGCACGGAAGACAUUCAUGAUGUUGUAAGCCUUGUAUUCGAAGAAGCAUGGGGGAGUCGAGAAUACACUUCAAUUCUCGCAUGUGGUAACUCAACUCUUCAAAUCAUUGAAGGCAACAACUUCGCCUAUGAUGUCCGACUCGAUAGUGUUCCAUUCACAGUUUCCCUUUUUAUGGGCGAUGGUGGUCAUACGAAGCUUUUGGUUCUUUACGGAACAAAAACUGGCAGGCUGGGACUUGUUAGUGUACCUCAAGGCGGUGGAAAGAUCCUAUGGGAAAUUGAUACAACGUCGGGAGCUUGUGUCACAACAAUUGUGUGCUUCAAUGUGACUGGCGGACAAUUUCCGGAUAUUAUUGUGGGAAAAGAAGAUGGAUUGAUUGAGAUUUACGUUAUUGAUGAAACUGAUCAUGCACAUUUAUUCGGAACUUUUUCUUGUGACGAGUCGAUAACUGGAAUAUCGUGCGGUCAUGUAUCUUCAAAAUCUGAGAUUGAUAUUAUUAUUUGCACAUUUACAGGAUGGCUAUUUUCGCUUGCCAAAACAUCCCGUCCGAUGAUCGAAAACCUUCCAGUCGCCGCUAAUUUCAGUGUGAAAAUGCAACAGUUAAGAUCAGAAGUUGAGGAGCUCCAAACAAAAGUGAACGAGGAGAGAUUGAGAUAUGAAGAAAUCACGAAAAGACAAGGAAGUGGCACAGGCUCCACAUUUUUUCAUAGUUUCCAGGUUCAUGAAAACUUUGAGUACAGCGCUGCUCACGGAGCCUACAACCUGACUAUCGAAUUAGUCAUCCCAAUCGAUUUUGUUGUUGUGCAAAGUCAGCUUCCGAUUCGUCUGAUGGAAGUUGAAAAGAAUGCGUCAGUUGUGAGUGAAGUUCGGCAGGAUGCGUUGAAUCCAUGGCCACUACUUGCAUCAUAUCGUUGUCAAGCAAAUGUUUGCCGUCUAGAGUUGAGAGUUCAGGCUAAUGAAGGGGAUUCUGGUGUGAUUAAUCUAUAUGUUUGCCCGAAAGUUAUGCCAAAAUGUGCUCAGAUAACAACGCAUUACAUCAAGGCUUUAUCCUCUCACAUGCGAUCACAUGAUUUUGAUUUGUACCGUCCUAUGAAUACUCUUCAGUUUACAGGCAAUUUCUCAAUAGCUGAAGCACACGCCUGGCUUCACAAUCUUCUUCCAAAUGUUCCAUCGAAAUGCCCGCCAGCUGAUACAAUAACUAACAAUUAUCAGUGCUCAGUUAACGGAGGAACACAGCUUCAAGUUGUCUAUAGCAAAGGUUCGGCAGUUUUCCGUUCUGAUUGUAUGACGACAAUCUGUAUAAUUCGUGACAAAGUGAGCGAGCAAACGAUGAAAAUGCAGAUUCGUGUGGAAGUUGCUUGUGAAUUGAAUCAAGAUAGUGUGAAUCAUUGCUUGAAACUGAUUGAUCCGAAAAUUACAUCAAUGUUAAAUAUUGAGAAGAAUAAGCUGUAUGCAGCAGCGUUAAAGGAGCUUGAAUCGAACAACGACGACGUCUUCAGCUUCCUGUCCGCCGCCAACGCCAAAAUAUUGAAAGAUCAUGAUGCGAUCUACGAAAAGUCGGAGGGAGUCUCAAUUGAGGAUAGCGGAGUUUUGGCGAUUCUUGAGAAUUUGAUGGUUGCCAGAGGAAAGCUCACUGGAAGAUCGUCGAAAGGAAGAGGCGAUGCUAUUCGUGACCUGAUUUCAACGGAUUAUUCUCUUGAGAAUAUGCAGACACUGUUCAAAAAUGCAAUGAACGACUAAGUCUUAAAAAAAAACUAAAGUAAUUAACCCAAAUCGCAACCAUUUUUCAAAUACUGGACAAAUAAAUAAAUAUUUAUUUUUCAA